AAAGUUGCAAAAUGAAACUGCUUCCUAAAGAAAAUUUAAAUACUUGUUAGUUCUGUUUAUUAACAACUUUAAUAAUUAAUAUGGAAUGUCUAGAAAUUCAUCUGUAUUAUUUCUAUUAAGUAACACUGAUUGCUUUUCAAUUGCAUUUUUCUAGUCUUUUCAAAUCGUGUCAGAUUUCACUGCCUGUAGAUUAAAAUGAUCUCCUGGGUUUAAUCAAUUUACAUGCACUAAUUAGCUAGUGAUUAAACUAUUGAAAUAGUGUAAUACGGUACAUUUCAUAUCUUUUUUUCCCCAAAAAUAUUCGAAGCAUUUCCUUUUCUCAGGCCAAUCAAAAUAAUCAUGUUUAACUAGUUAAUGAAACAAACAACUGCCUUUAAGAAAUUAAAUGAAAACUUCCGUUCCCAAAGACAAUAAAGUCAAUAAACCUCUUCAUCGAAUGUGAUUACUUUAGGAAGAAGAGCCCUAGAAUCAAAUAACUGAAAACACUUUGCUACAUUUUAAAACGUCACAGGCAAAAGGUACAGUACGUUUAUUAAUUGAAUUAGUUCAUUUGCUUUUGGCAAACACAAGAAACAAACACAAUAAUUUAAUAUGUUUACAUUUAAAUAAACAAUUUAAGUAAGGUUAUUGUUUUUUGAAACAAUGAGUCAUUUUAUAAGGUAGCAAAAUUUCUCUUUCGUUUGAUUGAUCCAUGAAUAGUUUUGGCAAUUACUAGAAGCGAAUGAUUGAAAUAACUGAAUAAAUCAAGGUUUGAAUGUUGCAUCUGAUAUUGUGAAGAUCCUCGGUGCCUUUUGUUUAACAAGGCUGCGGCUGUAACUCUGUUACCUCGGUGAAUUUUCUUUUUAAAGGUGAUUAUGAAAAAUACAAUUAAAAUCCUCGGCGUUUAGAGGACAACAUUUCUUUUUUCUUUUUUUUAAAUGGGGCUUUUGCAGAAAUGUCAUUUAAUCAAUAAAGCUUCAGGCUUCGCGGAACUGAGGCAAUCGAAAGGAAAUUUCCCUCCGUGGAAAUUGUUUGUUCACAAGAACCAAACAGAAAGGCAGGAAUUGCUCUUAGCAGUUGCGGUGACACACGCGUUCACCAAAGAACAAUCAACACAUCUGCUUUGCAUUUUGGCCCCAAUCCUGCGAACACGUUCACGCUAAUAAUCUGAGCCAGUGGUUCUCAGCCAGGGGUACAGGCACCCCUGGGGGUACACAGAGAUCUUCCAGGGGGUACAUCAGUUCAUCCAGCUAUUUGCCUGGUUUUACAACAGGAUACAGAAAAAGCACGAGCGAAGUCAGUACAAACUACAAUUUCAUACAGACAAUGACUCGUUUAAACUGCUCUGUAGACUGUCCACUGAAAUGCAAGUGCAAUAUUCAUAUUCCAAUUGAUUUAUUUUAUAAUUAUAUAGUAAAAAUGAGAAAGUAGCAUUUUCUCAGUACUAAUGCGCUGUGACACUUUUGUGUUCUGAUGUCUGAUUUUAUAAGCAAGUCGUUUUUAAAUAAGGGGAAACUUGGGGGGAGGCAAGACAAAGCCGACUCCUGAAAGGGGGACAGAGCUAUGGCCCCGUUCAUUCCAGCAGAGCGGCAGAUGAUUGACACCAGCUGGGAUCUGGCCCAUUAGUGUUUCCAAAGUCAGAGUGUAAGACAGAGCGGAGUGACUCAUGUUACAUACAGCAUGAAUCCCCCCACCCUCCCACCCGACAGUGAAAUCCUUUGGCCCUGCUAUAAAUGGUCUCAUCCUUUUUUAGGGCUGGGUUUUGCAGGGGGGGGCCUCUGAAUAUCGGUGGGAACUGGCAGCAUGUCAGAGAUCCUCUCCUGUGCAAAUCACUAGUGAAAUCACUAGCUUGAUAAUUGAGACUGAGUGAAGAUUCCCCAUUUAGCGCUUGACCUGAAUCAAAAUACCCCACUUUGAAGAACUGUAGCCCCAAUCUUGCCUGUUUAACAUGGGACUAACCCUAUGUUUUUUCCAGCCAACGUGCCAUUAACCUGCGGAACUCCUUGCCACAUGAUAGUCAUUCAGGCCGAUGUCUUAGCAGCAUUGAAAACGAUAAGGCUUGGCUGCUUAUCUAGAUAAUACAAAUCCCCAUUUACAAUUCCCAGGGUGAAAUUGAUCAAGGUGAGUUUGGGAAGAGAGAGAAACAGGCCCCAGAAGGGGGCUGGGUGUGUGCCUCGCUCAUCAUGGUUACGUUCAAAUUCUGGGAUGAUGGGCAAUUAGGAUCGAUCGAUUGUUGCCCAUUUGGGGCUCAGGCGUAAUGAGUGCUGUGAUGGAAAACAAUAAAGAGUUCAUUCCCCCCCUUUGAAAUGCCGUGACCUAAUUAGCUGGCCAGCUCAAUCUCUCAUCUGGUGCCUGGAUCAUCUUGUGCCCGGGCGAAACGUUGCUAAACUUGAGAGAUUUACAAGAAAAGCUGAGGUCAUUCCUGUCCCAGCCUUGCUCCUAUCUCGGCCGUGGUGUCGCGGGGGCAGACACCCCGACCGUGGAACUUAAUGUAACUGUUUUGAAAUCUCAUUGGGACAAACGCCAGGAGGGAUUUAAGUCGAAGGCCUGCGAGAAUUAACGCACUGCUGAUCGACACCAGCUGGGAUCUGGCCCCAUUGACUCCAGUGGUGUCAUGGCCCAUUGACACAGGCUGGGGAGCCGACCGAUGGUUCGCUGGAAUUUUUAGCCUAGCUGCGAUAACCUUAUUGACGAGCUGUUUACGGUUUCCCUCGCCUCACCUGUCCUUUCUUGGCACGCGGGGGAUUGGCUGUUUCGGGACCGAGGUGGGGCUGACUGGCCUAUAAAGGCAGCCCUGGGUCCGUGGCCGAACUCAACCACCAGCUCAGCCCUUCGGAAACACACCAGAGGCGCGGGGAAGAGGAGACAGAAAAAUACAAGGCAGAGAAACAUCACAAUGAAGCUUCAAGUUGCCUGCGUGAUUCUCAUCCUCGUCAUCACUGCUCAGAACUCCUGCUGCUUCCAGGGCCAGACAGCAAAUCCUGCUGGUUUGUCAACGCAACAGAUAGAAACCAAAGAAGAAACUCAGGGUCUGCAGGCCCUGCUCCGGAGAGCCAAGCGCCACAACGCCCACUUCCCCAUCUGCACCUACUGCUGCAAGUGCUGCCGGAACCAGGGCUGCGGCUUCUGCUGCCGCACCUGAGCCAGCCGGCCGGAC